AUGGGUUCACAGUUACCAUAUGCUGCUGACGCAGAGAGUCCUUUGAAGCCCGAAGAACUACAAGUUCUACGAUCACAAUACGAGAAAGAAGGCGAACAUGUGGGCAUUCAAACAAAGUUCAACUUUGCCUGGGGCCUCAUAAAAUCAAACGCUCGUAACGACCAACAAGAAGGUGUUCGACUCCUCUCUGAUAUUUUCCGUACGUCGCCCGAAAGACGUCGCGAAUGUCUGUAUUACCUCGCGCUCGGAAACUUCAAGCUUGGAAACUAUGCGGAGUCGAGGAGAUAUAACGACCUGCUUCUAGACAAGGAACCAAACAAUCUGCAGGCGGAUAGCUUGAGGGGUCUCAUUGAUGAUAAGGUUGCGAAGGAGGGAUUAAUGGGUGUGGCUAUUCUUAGCGGGGUUGCUAUUGCUGCUGGUGUUGUUGGAGGUAUGAUAUUUAAGGGUAUGGGCAACAGGAAGAGAUGA